AUGAAUGCUCUUAAUAAGUCGAUAAACAGUUUAGAAGAAGACCUUAAACUACUACGGACCUCAUACGAAUGUCAGAUAAAUCACUUAACUACUACUCUGAGCAUCCUAAUGGAUGAAAAAAGGGACUUAGAAGACGAGCUCCUGGCAAGGAAAGAAAAUGACAAUCAUUUCAUGGACAGGAUAUCCAUUGAGUCGUCUAAAAAUGCUAAGCUUCUUCUUGACAUAAGUGCUCUUAAAUCCGAGGUCAAUGAAAAAGCUAAAGAAAACGAAGCGUUAAAAAUGCGUCUGCAAGAGUUACAAAUGUCAAGUGGUGAUGAUGAGUUAACAAGACUAAAGCUUACGGAAGAGAUUGACUUACUUAAACAGAAGCUUUCAUUAUCAGAAGAUCUUCAUACUUCCACUGCUAAUCAGCUCCAAAGUGCUUUGCUGAAAUUAAACUCUCAGGAGAAGUUUGCUAAGGAGAUAACAACUUUACAAAGUCAGCUAUUGUUGGAGAGAAAAGAAAAUAAACUGCUCAAAACGAAAAGUUUGGAAAAUGAUCAUAAAAUGUUAAAUUUCCAACAACAAAUCGCUGAUCUCAAUUCCAAAGUUCAGAGUACUGAACAUCAAAGUGAACUUCUACGAAAUUCUCUCGACAGUUUAAGCAGAGAGAAUGGCCGUUUAAGAAGUAUUUAUGAGAAAAAGAUUCAAGAUUUAGAGGCUAUAAUCACUUCGAGUGCCUCAGAAGUUGAAUACGCUCAUAGUAAUGAAAACAACGUUUUGAAGGAAAUAACCAGGUUCAAGAGCAUUUUAGAACUGGAAGAAGAACGUCUCAAUCUUUUCAUGCCUGACAAAGAAGUUAUGACUAAUGAUGAACGAGACAUUAAAAGUGAGCGACCGAAAUGCCUGGAGACUGACACGAGUGAUUCGUAUGAAUUUUGUGAUGGUGAGAUAACUUCACGUUUAGAUUUUGCUCUGUCACCGAAAGUAACACUGUCAUCUUUGAUAGUAAAGUCAAACAAUGAAAUACAUGAAAAUUCAAAUAUCACAAAUAUUGAGUUACAAGAUGAGAACCUCAAUAAUAAUAAUAAUAAUAAUAACACUAAUAAUGAAACUAGAAUCGAUGAUGAAAAUGCUGUUGACAAGUUUUUUAUGUUAAGUGAACUGACAGAUAAAAGAAUGUCUAAAUCAUUGAAUUAUCAGCGUUCAACAUCACCUUUGUCGAAAUCACCAUCUAAUGCCAUUGGAUGUUUACAAAUCUGUGAAAUUGAUCCUAACGGGCGUUAUCUACUACUGUGGAAUUCAAGCACCAGUAAGGAGCUUGAUAUAGGAUUAUAUAAAGUAUGGCAAAAACAUGGUCAAGAAAAAAUCAAUGAGUUCACUUUCCCAUCGGAUACUCGAAUGUCACCGCGUACUGUAUUUACUCUCUGGUCGAAUAGUGCUCCAAUAACUUCAAGCAUGCAAAAUACACGAAGUGAAUUUCGAUGUCCAAAUGUUUGUAAAUGGAUGAACAGUUCAAAUUAUAUAACAAUUGUAUCAAAUUCUUACGAUGAAAUUUUAGCUUGGCUUGUUCCAUAUACUCGAUGUCUAACUAGUAGAAACGAUCGCGAUAAUUCUGUGAAAAAUCGUCUCUCAUUAGGAUUGAAUUAUACAUCAAAUGGUAAAAGAGACGCUUUAAUGCUUUCCAGACAAAAAUCUACCUCCUCCUCGGCAUCAUCGCCUAAUCAUUCAACAUCAGCAGAUACUGAAGAUCAGACAAAGUUGACUGGGAAUUCAUCACAGACUACAUUCUAUGAAUUGACUAAAAGAUAUUCCAAUGGCAGUAUCAAUAAUACACCAGUUACGCCAAAUAACAGUAACAAUAAUAAUAAUAAUAGUAGUAAUCACUUUAUGACCAGUCGAAGCAGUUCAAAAUCGAAAAAUCUCAUCUCAAUUGAUCCACCAAAACUGUUUCAAUCAUCUACAUUUUUAAGUGAUAAUAAUAAAAUAAAGAAUGGUUAUUCACAUUUCCCACAUUUCAAUUUCCUGCGUCAAUCAUCCCGCUAG